AUAUCAUGACUGAACUAAUUGAAACAGAAAGGCUGUAUGUUGAGGAGCUGCAAAGCAUCAUGGAGGGUUAUUUUGCAGAGCUGAAUAACUCUGAGCUUAGCCACCUCAUGCCACCAUCACUGGAGAACAAAAGAGAUGUGCUGUUUGGAAACCUGCCGGAGAUAUAUGAAUUUCACAACAAGACAUUUCUCAUGGAGCUGGAGAACUGUGCAGAGAAACCAGAGCUGGUUGGAACCUGUUUUCUGAAAAGAAAAGAAGAGCUUCAGGUGUAUGAAAAGUAUUGUCAGAAUAAACCACGCUCUGAAAUCAUCUGGAGGCAGUGUGGGGACAGCCUGUUUUUUCAGGAAUGCCAGAAGAAGCUGGAUCACAAACUGUCUCUGGAUGCCUACCUGCUGAAGCCUGUCCAGAGGAUCACCAAAUACCAACUCAUGCUGAAGGAGAUGUUAAAAUGCAGUAACGGUGAGGGGAUGGCUGAGUUGGAGGAGGCUUUAGCCACCAUGCUGGACAUCAUUAAGUCUGUCAAUGACUCCAUGCACCAGAUAGCAAUCACUGGCUUUGAG